AUGAGCAUCGAGGAGAUGCUGAAAAAGAUUAUGGCUAAUCAAGCCCAAUUAGCUGCUGAUGCAAGAAACAAUCAGUUAUCUAUACAAAAUCUAAAGAAGCAAUUCGGGCAGCUGGCUAGUGCGCAGAACUCACGACGACAAGGAGGUUUUCCAGGUAACACUGACCCAAAUCCCAAGCAAGUAAAUGCAGUAGGUACUCGCAGUGGGUUACAAUUGGACGAGUUCGCUCCUAAGAAAAGAAACACUGAUGCUGUGAAUAAAGAGAGUGAACCCAAGGAGGGAGAAGUUGUUGCACAAGAAGAAAAAGUGCAACCAAUUGUUAAACCACAUCCUCCAUUCCCUCAAAAGUUCAAGAAACAAAAGGAGGAUGAAUGUUUUUGUAAGUUCCUCUCUCUUUUGAAACAAGUUCACAUUAACUUGCCAUUGGUAGAUUUUUUGCAGGGUAUACCCAGGUAUGCGAAAUACGUGAAGGAGAUUGUGGCGAAUAAAAAGAGGCUGAUAGAGUAUGAGACUGUUGCACUUACUGAAGAGUGCGGCUCCAGAAUCCAAAAUAAGUUGCCCACUAAAUUGAAAGACCCAGGUAGCUUUACGGUUCAGAUCACUAUAGGGCAGAUCAUUUAUGCGCGAGGAUUGUGUGAUCUAGGAGCUAGUAUAAAUUUGAUGCCGACUUCUUUGUACAAAAAGCUGGGGUUGGGUAGUCCUAAACCUACUACCAUUAUCUUACAAUUGGCUGAUAUAUCUGUAGCUAGGCCUGUGGGUGUUGUAGAGGAUGUGUUAGUGCAAGUGGGAUCAUUGAUUUUCCUAGUAGAUUUUGUUGUGCUGAAUUUUGUGCCAGACCCUGAGGUCCCAUUCAUCCUAGGAAGACCUUUCUUGGCUACUGGAGGGCGAUGA